UGUUGGGUUCUCCGAGCAAGGAAACUCAGACACCCACAAUUCACCGCGGGUGGUUACGUAACGUUCUAGCGCCGUUGGAAAAGCCGUUGACAGCCGUGAAGAAGUAGGCCGAAGCGGGUAAACAAAACAAAUAUACGAGAAAGCGCUAAAGCGGCUUCAAUGUUGGAGCUAAGUCGAUACGUUUAAAAUGUGAGAGUGUUUUAUAAAGCGGUGCGGGAUCCGUUGAGGCAGAAAACCGUCAGAAAAAAGGGCGUGCACCCGCAGCUAACUGGCGCUAGCGAGUUAGCAUCGUUCGAAGCCGCUCAGGUGAAACAGGUAGGCGGCUAGUGAGCAGCCAUGUCGUCCCCGUCUUCCUCCUCCAGGCGCCAGUGGUGCUACCUGUGCGACCUGCCCAAGAUGCCGUGGACCGUGGUGUGGGACUUCAGCGAGGUGGUGUGCCGGGGUUGCGUUAACUACGAGGGAGCCAACCAGAUCGAAUUCCUCAUCACGAGCGCCCGACAGCUGAAGCGGAGCCACGGCAUGCAGGACGGGACCGUCCGCUCGCCCGGUCCCUCUCCGAGUAAACACGGCGCGUUGGCCGGAAGACCCGAGUCCGCCGCGGACGGUGGCAGGCAGCACACCGACCGCUUCGACAGGGGUGGAAGAGGAGAGAGUACCGGAUCAUCCGGUGGUCGCGUGCCACCCAACGGGCUCCACCGCGACGGCCAGCCGCCUCCGGAGGUGAACCGUCAGAGCCCCAGCAGCAGCCGGAGACCCAUGAUAGGCGCUGCCAUCCCCCCCAGUUUGGUAACUCAAAGUAUCGCAGGGAUUCCCCAGGGGCUGCUAGCCGGCAUGCCAGCGGGCCUGACCGCCAGGACAGCUCCUAUGAGCAGCCCCAUGAUCUUCCCCGCGCCGGUGCUGGCUGAGAUGAGCCGCAGGCAGCUCGGGAUGGGGAUGGGAAUAUCCCCCUUCAUCACUCCAGAGCUGGAGCGAGAACUCAGCUCCUCCCAGAACCAAGCCAAGUCACAGACCCAGCCUGGCACCAGUUCCAGCAAGAGUACAAGUCUGCCUUCGUCGUCUUUCUCCAUGGCUGGAGGGGUGAGCCAGACGAGCCCCAAGCCUGCUUCAUCUCCAGCCAGGCAGCCACGGCCUCCAACUGUGAGGUCUGGAGGGGGGGAGCCCCUGGGAUCCAGCACAUCCGCAGAGGCAGCCACCACCGCUGCAGCGUUACCCAACAACGGCGCCUCCGAGCUGGGAUCAGCAUCCACCAGCAGCACCCAUCUCACUGGAAACCCUCUGUCCUGCACCCUGUGUCACGAGAGACUUGAAGACACACACUUUGUCCAGUGUCCGUCUGUACCAGGACAUAGGUUCUGCUUCCCCUGCACCAGAGUGUACAUCCAAAGUCGCCGGGGUGAGGGGGAGGUGUACUGCCCCAGCGGUGAGCGCUGUCCAUUGGAUAACUCUCCCAACAGCCCCCCGUGGGCCUUCAUGCAGGGAGAGGUCUCCACCAUACUGGGCACUGGGGCAGCAGGAUCUGCAUCAGCUGCUGCGUCUGGCGUCGGCACAGGGGCUGCACCAACAUCUGGAUCAGGGAGUGGAACAGCUGGAGGUGGGGACGUCACCGUCAAGAAAGAGAGAGAGACGUGAUGGUGAUUUCAGUGGCAGCGAGGGCCCAACACAGCUACAGAUCCAUCACAGGAGGAGAUGUCUACACUGGACCACUGAGGAGGAGCAACACAAGAACCCACGAAUCAGAAGGCUCUAUUACAAAGGUCUCACCUCAGUUGAAUCAGCAUCAUCUAGAGUUUCCAAAGCUGCCUUCUCAUUAUCUCUUUUGAAGCAAGGUUUGAUUAGGACAACUUUUUCUGCCUCCCAAUUCUUUGUUCAGUUGUUUCUCAUCAACUACAUUUAUCAACGUUUAAGUUUGACCUUCAUUUAACCUUUAUUUAUGCAGGCAGGUCAUAAAGGCCUGUUUGAUGCUGUUGGAGUCAGAUAAUGGGCUUUAAUAAACAGAUGAACAGUGGCUACAGCUUAUUGACUUAUAAUAAUUCUAAUAUACCUUUCAUUUGCCAUUAGUAGACAAAAAAAAAACCUCAUCAGAACAAGUGUUGCGUUUAAAAUUUACAACUUUUAAAGUGGUCUCUGACCAAACCUCAGCACCAUCAGAGUUCUUUGAAAGAUGCUUAACAUCACAACAGGAUGAAUACCGGUGAGAUACGAGAGGGUUUGUUUUCUUUACGGUGUGACGGUUUCUAAACGGGCGACAUUGUUGCAUUUGCUUGUUGGGGGGUUUUGCUCGACUGCUCAAGUUCCAGAUAUGUGACGUUUCAGAUAACGCUUCUCAAUUAGCAGCUCCGUGUGGUUCAGUGUUCGUGACGGGACACUCGCGAGAAAACGCACAUUUGACCAAACUGAUACAGAUCUGAUGUUGGAGAGUGUCCCGGGGUCAGCGUCACAUCCUGCGAUGCUGUCCAGGUGCUGACGUUCUGCUGCAAGUGGUCUCGGUGGUUAAUUCUAACAACUCUGAGAUUAUGAGUCAAACCUCCUUCGUCUUGGGCAAUCACUUUAAUCUCGACUCCAAACUUGUAAAGUUCACUUUCCCUGUUCUGUUUGAGGUGGACCGUGUCUCCAAACCAAACGCAGGAAAACACGAAAAGAAGGCGCAACAAUUUCGAUAUGAUGUUUUCUCGUGUUUGUGUCCACGUGUAUUUGAGUCUUCGUGGCAGCGGGGCAGAGAGACACGAGACAAAACGGUUCUUUGUAUUAACAUGUUUCUCUGAAACACAACAUGGAGUGUUGUCAGGCCAAAUUAUUAUUUUUUAAUGCACCUUAUUUUAAAGCUGGUCGCCGUGUCCAGCGUGCGCACAGAGCGGAUUGGAGCUUCAAUGUUUGUGUUAAAGUUCAAAUAUGUCACUCUGAUGCUGACAUGGCUGUUUGUGAUAAAACACACCUAUUGGAAAGCUGCACGGGGACGGGUGUCUUCAAAUAUUCAACUUUCACCUCGUAUCGUCCUGUUCCUCCAGUCUCACCUGCCGGCCCCUGCUACAGACAAAAUACCAACUUUGUGCUCCUCGCGGCGCAUGUUUGUUUCACCUUGUGCUCGUGCAUGGCUAAAUAUUGUAGCGCAAGAAGCGUCAGCACAACAAAAUGUUUGAAAGCAGGAAGUUGGGACUUCAAGUGAAGUUCCCCACAGCUGAAAACUCCUCCAGUAAAACGGAGGCUUCUGGUACCGAGACAGGCGCUAAUGCUAACCCUGCUAACGUGGGAACUUUUUAUUCCUUCGUUUUCAUCAGUCCGUCGAAUGCUUUGCCCAGUAAGGCUGCGCUCACCUGCGACUGUAGGUUCCACUUUAUAACCCUUUCAAAAUAAAACGGCGGCAACAGAUCCUGGCGAGUUGUUUUCCUCCCGUUUGUUGUUUGGUGGAGAGUUGAUUCAUGGGUGUUGAUAAAUAACUCCCGGACUGGAAACGGACGUUUUAUAAAAUAAAUAAUUACGUCUUGACCUUUUAGAUUUGACCAGUUUAAUUAGACUUUAAACGUUUGACCGUCCCUGUUGCGCACUCCGAUAGCUUCAGCUUCUUUCCUGCUGCCGCUACGGAAUAUAAAACCGUAGCAACAGUUCGUACUGACGAACAUCUGUAACAUCAGGACUGCAGAGAAGUAAAAGUUCUCUGCAAAAUAAAACAUGGAUCAAGACUAAAACUAAUUUUAGCUUUGAGAGGCGACACAGAAGGAGGUGAUGCUGUAAAGUCACCUUCAAAGUUUCGUCAUUAAAACCUGUAAAGCAGUGUUUGAUGCUUCUUCAGUUUUAUUCAGCGUGCGCUUCAACCCAGUGUGUCGUACUCAGAGACACAUGAAUGUUGUUCUGUCGGCGUGUCCACCAGCCACGACUGUGUUUAAUAUCUGCUUACGUUCAAAUCCAGCCUUCGCUUUAACCCGAAUGUAUAUGACAAGAUAUCUAUUGAUGGACCCAGGACUAUAUUUUAUACUGGAAUGUUAAAUGUCCUCUAAUGUAAAGAGCUGUUCUGGUAUGUGUGCAAUCCUUUAUUCGUAGUUUAUGCAACUGUUUGAAAAAUGUCUAUUAAAAAAAACAACAUUUGUUUCUUAAAACUUUUUGUUUUGAAGGGAGAAUCCACCCGAUAAAGAUAAAUAUUUUCCGUAAAGCUUCGCCUCGUGCACAGACGUUGAAUGUAUUUGCUCUUUUCAGAGUUUAUUCGAUGGGUGACGUUUAAUCAGAGCAGUUCGUGGAGUUUACGAUUCGGGUUGAUUCUCCCUUCAUGUGCAGAAUGUGCACGCGCAGACCAAAGGUCAUAACCUGAAGUUUGUGGAUGUAAAUGUUUUAUAGAAACUAUACGUUUGUUUCUUGACCACAAACCCACGCCGUACCUUUGGGAUCUCACCGGUUUUUGUGAAAAUCCCUCGGAUCAGGUCCGAAGUAGAAAAACGUCCCGGAAGAAAUGAAAGUUGAGUAGAAUAUGCACGGACACGUCAUGCAAUCCCUCGUUCAAGUGCCUUUUUGAAACCGUUCACCAUCAGUUUGUUUGGGAACCUCAGGGGAAGUCGGACUACAACAAACUAUUUUCAAGUCAGAAUCUCGUUUCCCUUCCGUUCUCUGAAGCGUUUCUUCUGUCUUUACGUACCUUUUAUUUUUCUAGAUCUGUUGGUUUUACUGCAGCUUCAUGUACAAAAUAGAAACCGUAAAUAAACUAG